AUGGUCGUGGCGACUGUACGGACGGCAGCCAAAGGCGAGGCCGUUCUCGAUUCCAUCGAUGCACGGCUGCGCCCCGCCGUGUCGUAUGUUCUCGUGAACGAUGUUGCGCAAGAAGGUGCUUUUGACAGGGCCGUCCAGGCAGAGCCACCAUUUGAUUUUGUCAUCCACACGGCCUCGCCGUAUCAGGUGCGCAUCGACGAUCCUGUCCGGGACCUGCUCGAGCCGGCCAUCCGCGGCACCACCGGCAUCCUGCGCUCUGUGCAGAAUCAUGCCCCCUCAGUGCGACGCAUCGUGUUAACGUCCUCUUCAGCCGCCAUGCUCAACCCGGCUGCCCACGCCGCCGUGUACGACGAGUCUUUCUGGCGGCCAGUCACCUGGGCAGAGGCACAGCUGCCACAGAAUGCCUACGAGGCCAGCAAGGUGUUUGCAGAGCGUGCUGCUUGGUCAACCGUGACCGGUGCCGAUUUAGAGACAGCGGGCGAGCCAGCGGGCGAUGCCAGAUCCCUCGCUAGAACCCCCGCUUUUGAUCUUGCUGUCAUCAACGGAACGUACACAUUUGGGCCAGUACAGCGGUGGCUGAGGGGCGCCAACGAAAUCAACGCAUCCAACCACCGGAUCCGCGAUCUUAUCGCGGGCGGCUGGCUGUCCAGCAAGACGGACAGCACGGGAAAGCACAGAAGCAUGCCGCCCACUCGGCCAGUCUUCACAUGGGUCGACGUCCGUGACGUGGCGCUGGCCCAUGUGCGCGCUCUGCUGGUGCCGCAAGCUGGUGGGCGUCGCUUUUACGUCGUCGGUGGCCAUUUUAGCAACGGAAGGCUGGCACACAUUGUGCGUGAAAUGGUGGCAGAAGCAGAGAAAGAGUCGGCAUUGAGCCCACUGGUUAAGCGCAUUCCACCGCUUGCCGAUACGCCUGAUGAUCUGCCGGCAGACGUGUACCGAUUCAACAACCGACGGUCGCGUGAAGUUUUAGGAUUGACGUAUCGCAGCCUCGAGGAAAGCGUGAUGGACACGGUGUACUCGAUUUUGUCGUUGGAGGCAGCUGGGGCCGAAAAACAGCUCAACUUCACUCACUCGAGUGGUUGUGCAAACGGCUCAAUGGAGACGUACCAGGUAUGGAACAACUGUCUCGAUACUUCGGGACAGGCAGGCCCAGAAAACCCGUUCGAUCCUUUCAGGCCCGAGGAAAGAUCGUCUUACCAGACUUGGCAGCAGCAGAAUCACCAACAAGAUAGCAUGCAACAGGACCUUCCAGGCCCCCAAGACUACCAGGCAAACAUGUGCAGCAACAGCUUCUUUCCCAGCCAGGGGACCUUUCUUCUGCAAGCCCCGACCAUUCCCAACAUCAUGUAUCCAACAGCGACUUACCAGCAGCCUACUCAAGGGCAGAUGACCUCCGUUGGAGUGUUUCCAACGAUGGAACAGGCGCCCUCGGAUUGCCACAGAAACCCACUGCCUGUCCCGCCCAGAAGUGCAAAUGCAACUGACGACGAGCUGCUUCCCUGGCUUUCCUCCCAGAGCGUGCCAACCAGACACGAAUAUUCGAUCCAGAGCAUGACUGAACUUGUGAGCAGCCAGCAACCGUGGCACUCCUGGUCACAGAACACGCAGUUCCAGCAGCAAUUCCAGCAGUGCCCACGAUUCGUUCCGCCCGUGCAGAUCUCGUCCGGAGGACUGUUGAGUCCAGAUGGCUCCGGCCUGCAGAGAGAGCGACCCCAGACGCCGGCAGCACACCGGAACAGCAAAAACAACAAACACAGCAACGCCGCAUCUCCUUCCGCGUCAACGUCGUCCUCGCCUCCCUCACCCGAAGAAAAGAUCACAUUGGCAGACGUCAAUCGAUUCAUGAGUCCCUGCAGACGGGCGGAGAUGCGGAGAUACCGGCUGCGUGCCAAUCACGGAAAUGCAUGGUCGCAGCCAGUUGACGUCGAUGGCCUGUAUGCAGAGCUGCAAGAGGAGGUGCUCGAGAGUCGACGAAACCAGCGGGACCGCGACGCAUGGGUGGAAAAACACCUGCGCAACAAGAACAGGAGCAAGAAACGAGAAAGGAAGGGCCGUGGCGCAAACAGUGGUGGCAACACGAAGAUGGACGUGGAUACGGCGCAUCCGGUCGAUCCCACGGCUCCGAGUUCUAUGGCGUAUCCACGAAUGCUCUGCCAGCCCAAUGAUAAUGUUCCGUGGUUCGCGCAGGAAUUGCCACAGCGAGUUUUAUUACAGGGAGCCCCGCAGGGAGUUCCACAGGGCAUGAGACCAGCCGCACAGCCCUUUCAGGCAAUGUGGGCACCCCAACAGGUGUUCCAGGGACCGUAUGAACCGUCUCACAACCCCGCAAACCAUGCGGCUGGCGGUGAAAUCUCUCAGGCAACAGUCAAUGGCAACAUGAGCGAUGCAUGGAACAUUCAGGCCAAUGCAAUGGGUAGAUGCGACGGCCAGUACACAGCACGGGACUGGCCAUUUGUGUCAGACUGGACCGUGCAAGAGCAAUAUUGA